CUUUUGUAUUCAGCCCGGACACUUGUUCCGUGUGCACCUCCUGAACUGUUGUUUGUCUCAUGUAUUGUAUUAAGUUUGUUCGGCGGUGGAUUGAUAAGAGUUUCUGAAUUCACAACAUCCUGCACCUGUGCUGCUGCUCCCUUAAUCUCUGGGCAUGUCUCAGGACAGUCACCAUGGCAAGUGGACCAUCUCCAGCAGUGAUGACGAUGAUGAUCUUCCUCUUUCGGGGACGACCAAAUCAUCUACCACCAUCCCAAAAAUAGAAGAAGCCACUGUAGAGGUGAAACCAGAACCAGCUAACACCCCUGUAUCCUCACUUGUGAUUGGCUCUGAGGCCAGACAGUCAGCAGCAGCGAACCAGGUAAAUCCACUGAAGUAUGAAAGUAGUCCUUCGUUGGCUGGAAAAAGGAAAAAAGAGGUGUCAGACGGCUCAGGCUGGACUCUCUCGGAUAGUGAGGAUGAUGAUGGAGACGAGAAGGGGAAGAGUCUUGGUAACUCCCCAAAGAGGGCGCCUCCAAGCCCCAAAACAAAGAAGGUGAAGGUGGAGACUGAGCGGCCCCCAAGUCCCCACGGCCGCCUCUACUAUAUCGACGAGCCAGAGGACUUCUUUGAGUCCAGUAUUCCUUGUCUGAAUGACCCCUACAGGUUUUACCUCAACAAAGUGACAGGCCUGGACAGGAAGUACAACAGUGGAGCUCUGCACAUCAAAGACAUUCUCUCUCCACUCUUUGGGACCCUGAAAGAGUCGGUUCAGUUUAACUACUGCUUUGAUAUUGCCUGGAUGGUUGAUCAGUACCCAUCAGAGUUUAGGGAUCGUCCAGUUCUGGUCGUUCACGGAGAUAAAAGAGAGGCCAAGGCUCGGCUGCUGCAGCAAGCCAAGCCUUUUCCACAUGUUCGCUUCUGCCAGGCCAAGCUGGAUAUUGCUUUUGGAACGCACCACACGAAAAUGAUGUUGCUGUGGUAUGAGGAAGGCUUCAGAGUCAUUAUAACGACCUCCAACCUCAUCAGGGCUGACUGGUACCAGAAAUCACAAGGGAUGUGGAUGAGCCCCCUGUUUCCACGGUUACCAAAUGGCAGUAGUGACGACGAAGGUGAGUCUCCAACCUUCUUUAAGAGGGACCUGCUGGAAUACCUGGCAUCGUACCGCGCACCGGAACUGGAGGAGUGGAUCCAACGAAUCAGAGAGCACGACCUGUCAGAGACCAGGGUUUAUUUGGUCGGCUCAACCCCAGGGAGAUAUGUCGGCCCUGACAUGGAGCGCUGGGGCCACCUCAGGCUGAGGAAGCUGUUGUAUGAGCACACAGAACCGAUUCCCGGGGAAGAAAGCUGGCCUGUGAUUGGCCAGUUCUCCAGCAUCGGCUCUUUAGGACUGGAUAAGACCAAAUGGUUGACAGGGGAAUUUCAGCGCACCAUGACCACGCUGGGAAAAUCCUCAGUUCGCUCAGCCCCCCCACUGCAAUUGGUGUAUCCAUCAGUUGAAGAUGUGAGGACAAGUUUAGAAGGCUAUCCAGCCGGAGGCUCUCUACCCUACAGCAUCCAGACAGCUCAGAAACAACUCUGGCUCCACUCCUUCUUCCACCGUUGGAAGGCAAAUGCGACAGGAAGGAGUCAUGCCAUGCCACACAUCAAGACAUACAUGAGGGCGUCACCCGACUACACUCAGCUUGCCUGGUUCUUCGUCACAAGUGCCAACCUGUCCAAAGCAGCAUGGGGUGCGCUGGAGAAGAACAACACUCAGGUGAUGGUCCGCUCAUACGAGCUCGGAGUCCUCUAUGUGCCGUCUGCCUUUAACAUGAAGACCUUCCCUGUUAGCGGAAAUCCAUUUCCUGUCUCCUCUUCCUCUGGUUUCACUGUGCCAUUUGACCUCCCCCCCACAUGCUACUGUCUCAAAGAUCAGCCUUGGAUCUGGAACAUUCCGUACAACCAGGCUCCCGACACACACGGCAACAUCUGGGUUCCCUCCUGAACACACAGACACACAAGUACACACACACAUACACAUACACUUAUACCAAUAGACUUGUUGUUUAUUUUGUUUAGCACUUGCCUAUAUGUAUGUAUUAGUUGUCUGUAGCAUUUGUUUUUUAUAUUAUAUACCGUCCUGUAUACUCAUCAUGUUUUCUAAAAAUAAAUAACUCAAUGUUUUCAUUCUCUACUUGUGAAGUUACCUUUUUCUGUAAAGCAUUUAAAUGUGAAAGGACAUGUGUUUGCGUUUAACAUAUGAAUUUGUAGUCAUUCAUUGACUAAUGAUAUAGGAAAACACCAUUAAAAUAAUCAUGUCAAAAUAAAAUGCAUUUCACAGAUUUAAUAACAUUACAGUUAUAUAAGUAAAACAAUGCAAGUACUGCAGUUGAGAGAUUUAAGAUCAUAUUUCAACAUAAGGAUUUUUCAUUUACUUUUUGUGCGGAGUAUGUUGCCAAAUUAUCUGCAGUGAGAGAAGACAUUUUUCCUUAAUUGUGUUAUUUUAGGAUUAAAUGCAGCAGAUUCAGCAUUUUUCUGAGUCAACCUCAGAUCCUGCAACAAAAGGCCAAUUUCUGUAGUCUAAGGAAAAUUCUAAAUAUGUUGAAUAUGUUCAGCGGUAAGUAUUUGUUUCUGACUAUCAUUUGUGGAUAAAAAACUGAAUUCACACAACUUUAUUUCACAUAUACUGGACUUGCAAGGACACGCAGUAUAGUCUGUUAAUAGUUUUCGUAUUAACACUUUUCCUUACAUGCACCAGGUGGUAAUCAGGACCUACAGCACUGCAGGUUGAUAAUUGCAUUCCUUAAGUCUCCCGGGUGUUAAUUUGUCACUGAUUCAGCAACUACAAUGCAAACCGGCAUGACUGUGUAAUGAGCACUUGUGUCACUGAUAGGAUCUAUACAACGUCACAAGUAGGAUCACUGCCCUUGUGCUUUUUGUUUUGAGUGGUGAAAUGUAUGAGAAUGUUUUAAGUCAGUAAUGUUCAUAAAUAAAAACUGGGACUUGGUUGUUUCAAUUAUUCAAAUGUAAGGAGAAAUCCAGCAGUGUAUUUUCUCCUGCAUUAUUUGCACAUUGGUCAGUUGCAACAUUCUCUUACACUAUUUCAACUGUAUUCUGUUUUUUGUUUUGCACUAUUCUUAUUGUUUUAUGUCUUAUAUUUAUGUUGCAUUGUUGAAGGACUGUUACUGUGCAUAGGACAUUAAAGACUUUGAAUCCUUGAGAUGUGUAACAAGGCACCUUGAGGAGGCUUUAAAUAUGA